AUGCCCCCUCCUCAGCCGUCCAUGUCGACAUUCAGUAUACCCGCAUCCAUGCCGCCGCAAGCCAACGCUUUCGGCCCAGCUGUCAUUUCAGGCCAGCCGCCACCUCCGCCUCCGCACACGCAUUCGUACCACAGCAUCAACCAGCUUGAAAACAAGCUCAUUGUGCAGGUGCGAUUUAGCAACCUGCUGCAGCACAUCAAGAAUACAAAGCAGGAGCUCGAACUGCUGAAUCUGAUCGUCCUGGACGUAGGCAGAGAGCUUACGCGCAUGGAAGAGGCGUACGGCUGUUUGCCAGAGCCCAGGCAGCAGCAAGGCGGACCAAAGACGGCACAAUGA